AUGGGCGGGCUCGUGAGGCUUCGGGACGCGCGAGGCAAUGGAACGGAUUUUUGGAUGUCAACGAACCGCGCGACGCCGUGGACGGCGCGCGGCGCGCUCGGACGGGCGCGGCGCGACGCGGGCGCGACGCUGGAUGGCGUCGACGCGCGCGGAGGGGCGGCGAUGACGUCGGGGAGGAUGGAGACCGCGGGCGAGGAUUCGACGGCGGCGACGCGCGGCGACGACGCGGAGGAAGCCGCGGAGGACGACGCGCUCGAACACGCGCCGACGGUUUUCGUGGGGUUUCCGCACGCGAGCUUGGUGUGUCCGCAGUGUCGAGACGUGAUGCUGUCGCCCGUGGUGGCGGAGAACGGGACGACGUAUUGCGCGAAGUGCGCGCCGAGGGAGGACGCGGAGGACGCGCUCGCGGAGGACGCCGAGGUCGAGGAUGCGAUUCAGUCGUUGCCCGUGCUGUGCAGACGCGCGAUGGUGUUGAAGCGAAACGCGCAGGGCGCGAGUGAGUGGUGCUGGAAGGCGGAUGGGUGCGGUGAGAGCGGUAUUCGGUUGCGUUUACGAGACGUGCACGAUCGCGAGUGCGCCUUCGUGCCGAGACGAUGUUGGUAUCCGUACGACUCGCGCGUGGAGUGCGAGGCGAACGAGGCGCGAAAGGGGAGGGAUUACUGCGGCGCGAUCGUGACGAAGAUUGCCUACGUGAGUCACGUGAGUGAAUGCGCGUGGCGGUCGGUGAAGUGCGACGUCAAGGGUUGCGAAGACGUUGUGCCGUUUUGUAAGAUGACGCAGCACGCGUUGACGUGCCCGAGCGCGCUCGUGAAAUGCCCGAACGAGUGCGAGUGGGAUGGUAAACGACGUGAGCUCGCCGAACACCGUGAGAUCUGCCCUCGGGAGUACAUCAAGUGUGGAUUUAUUAACUUGCAGCACGAGGACGGCAACGGCUGCUUGUACGGAUGCGAGCGUGACGCCAUCGACUCACACAGGACAGAUUGCGACUUUCGCCCGUGGCACUGUCCGAGCUGCGAUGCCGUGGUUAACGCAAUGCACGCAUCGAUACACGCGGUGAAGUGUGAAGAGUCUAGACGGCCUUGUCCUCGAUGCCGCGCCAUGGUGCGUACGAGAGCGUUUGACGCCCACCAAGAAUUCUUUUGCGUCGGGGCGAGCAAGCCGUGCGCGUUCGCCGCAUUCGGCUGUCUAGAAGUCGGCGCGGAGACGGAGCUACGCGCGCACGAGCGCGAUGCUGCGCCGAGACAUUUACGGUUAGUCGUAAAAGCGCUCGAAGCCGAACGUUCGAGCGGGCGAAAAAAGAGUAAAGUCAUCGAGCGCAUGGAACAGGCGUUGAACAAAUUCGGCGAAGAGUACGCGUCGCUCGCCACUAAGGCGUCGGAGCGCGUGCGGUUCGUAGAGUCGAAGGCGAUCGAAGAGAUGGAUCGAUUGAACGAGCACAUGGAGUCGAGUAAGCGUGCGUACGAUGCGCACGUCGUCGCGCUCGAGAAAGAAAUUGAACAGCUGAAAGCCGACCGCGCCGCCGCCGUAGACGCGGACGCGCACCUUGCAAAACUCGACACCGCCAUCACGUGCGAGGAGGCGCAGCAGCUCUUAGAUGCAGCGAAAGGUGAGAUGGCGUCAGUGAACGCACAGUUCGCCAAGCUCCAGUUCGCUAUCGACGUUCGUGAGCAAAAAUGGGAGGAAGACAUCGAGCACGCGGCGACGAAAGAGGCGGCGACGAGAGAGGCGGUGAGAAGAGAAAUUGCAUCCAUCAUCGCGACGACGAGUGGCGCAGACGACGACCUGCUGAAGCGCAUGGAUACGCUCUCGACGGAGAUCCGAGAGAUCAGCCGAACGCUGAACCUGGACUUGAUGGAUCUGGCUGACAAACAAAAAGAACUCGAAGACGCGUGGCGACGGGCGAACGAGAAUCCGCGACUUCGCGCUUCCGCGCCGCGCGCGAAGAAUCCACCGUCACCAACGCGCGGCGACUCCGAUUCCGAAGCCUCUGAGGCCGUGUCCGUGAAACCUAGGCGAAAGUUCAAGACGACGAGCGACACGACGAGCGAAACCGCGUCGGAAAGGUCCCAUCGACGCUUGGGCUCCGCGACGCUUCGCGCGCGUCGGCUCGCCGCCGCCGCCGCCGCCUCGAGCGAGGACCUCACAAACGCUCCCAUACCGCCGAGUAUCAUCGCGAUGACGGACUCCGAACGCUCGUUCGACCCGACGUCGCGCGCAGACCUCGCCGACGCCCCCGAACCGCCGAGCGCCGCCGCCGCCGCCGCCGUCGCCGACGACGACAUCCUCCGCGGCGCUUUACUCUCCCGAUACGUCCACGUCACCGCCAAACCGAACGCCGCGCCCGAACCCAAUCCCCUCGUCGUCCCGCGUCCGCCUUGGAUCGAUUCCGACGACGAUUUGUAA